AUGUUCCACUUAUUUUAUCUGUGGCUUAUGUCUCACACGUUUGAUAUUUCGCGAAGCUACUGCCAAAACUGUGAGGAAUGCAGAGGAUGCUACGACACCGAGGGGUGGAUGGGUAGGAGGUUGCUCAAGAGCAUAUUGUGUGAAUUGGCUCUUCGCGUUGAAGUACCUUCAAGUGUCGUCCUCAACGAUGAGGGAGUGCCCCGCCCUUCCCCGCGCCUCACACCGCCUCCCAGCUCUGCGAUCAAAUUUCAAUCAAUCUCUGAAGUUUUUAAGUAA